AAUUGUUCCGUUUAAACAUUAUUAAAUAAUUAUUGUUGCGUCUAUCUUUGUGCUUUUCGAUAAUUGUUCGUUGCAAAUUCUUUUAUCAGAAUAAUACGCGAUUCAUACCUUACGUUCGCAUGACAAGAUAUUUUCAAGGCAAGGUAUAUUUGAAGAAUAGGCUAUAAAAUAAAAUUCAAUUGAUAAAUUAUUGAAAACAUUUAGUUUAACACAUUUUGCGGGUAUAUAGAACUUCUGCUUUUAAGGGCUAUUUACAAUGUACAUUACAAAUGUUAUAUUUGCACAUUUGCUUGGAUUCAUUUAGAAAGGUGCAUCAACGGUGACUGUGUGUAGGAUUAUAACUUUGUAAGAUUAUAAAUUGCAAUUUGAAGAAAUUCAGUGUUGAUUAUUAUCAGAAAUGAAAUGCCGUUGCAUUCAAACGCGCGUGUGUAGUAAGUCGCUCCUCCAAGUAGAUGCCGCUUGAGUAUCAGCGGCGGAGGUGUUAAGUCGCUCGAAUAAAGCGUCAGUACUUAGCAGUACACGGGGUACACAGUGAAAAUGGCGCUUGAGUGAAGGUGGGUGAAUCUGUGCGUACGUGCGUCCGGGAAGUGUUAGUUUUCGGAAAUGUGGCAGGAUCUGGACGGUCUGGGGGGUGCGGGAGUAAAUUCUGGUGCUCAUCAGGUCGAUCAGUUCGGCACAACGGGUAAGAAUAUUCACGAAUUGACGCCUGAACACCAGAAGAUCUUAAUCGACAUCAGGCGCAAGAAGACGGAGUUGCUGCUCGAAAUACAACGGCCUGGCUGGUCCACGUGGGUCCUGACCCUCGACAUCCAUGACGUCAGGCUCUCGUCGCGGUCACCGACGGGGAUGGAUCUGUUGCUGGUAUUUCUGCCCGGUUAUCUGGCUCUGCCGCCGCGAACGAUCCCGAAAGGAAGAUGACGAAGCGACGUAAGAAGAGUCAAUCAGGGAAAAUCGAAAUCAUCUGGUAGCGAAUCGGCGGGCAAAUAAACUAUAAAUAUUUAGCUAACUCUGAGGUCGUUUCGAAGCCGGCUUAUUGCUCUAGCGAUGGAAAUAGAACCAUGAACGAACGAUCUCUGCGCGGAAGGAGAAAGUCUCGUCACUAAUUACGGUGACAUCAUUAUUUAUUCUUACUUUCGUUCAAUCUCUCCCCGACUCGGGGAUGACCGUUUGUCUCGGAAUCGUGUCAGUGGACCUGUUGAACACCGCGAAGUUCGAUUCUCAUAGAAAGUUUAAUUCGCACGCGUCGCCCGUGGAAAAUAUGAAAAUCGAGCAUUGGGAAUCGGGUCAGUGUGCCAGUGAGUAUCGCGGAAGAAAAACGAUCUCUUCACCUGCGAUAUUCUUCGUUCCUCUCUGAACACACAUUUGUCAAAGUUUCAGAAACUUUCCCUCGACUCUCGAUUUUCCUUCGAUCAAAUCUUCAUCAGGGAAAUUAAACUGAACAUCAAGCUAAACUAUUGGAAUUUCGUUUCCAAUUAUGUAAAUGUGUAUAAACGAGGAGGAAAAGAAAAACUCUUAAAUUACUCGUACAUUAAAUUAUUCAUGUAUUCCACACAUUGAUCCUAAAUAGAGAUAGAAUGAAUAUUUGCAAAUUUUUUUGUGACCAUCUUUAUUCGUACACGAUAUUAAUCUCGUCAUUCUCCUUUAUGACCAUUUAACGCCGAGUUUUAAGAGAAAUAAAUUGCCGGGUGACAGUGACGAGCACCCACAGAGGAAGCUGACGUAUCAAUGCGUUAACCAGUAAAAUCUGCUUGAUAGCAAUGUUAAUGGAUAAUGCGAGUGACACCACGCCACGCUUCCUUCUUCCUCGUGCUCUCUAUACUUUCCGUUUAGAUUCAUGCUAAGUAAUUUUUUGCCUACUCGAAAAAUCGAACGAUUUACGACUGAGACGCAUAUAUAGCAUCGAACCUGCGUUAAGCGUCUGAAUUGCGACUAAAGUUCGUUGCAUUCAUCAUUGUCGAACAGGAACGUUGGCUUUUAUUUAGUCACGAGUGCAACGCGUGCACCCGGUCGCAUAAUUUUAUCAAAGAGGAGAGCAUGGAUUCGUUCUCCUUGUUUCUUCCUAUCGGUUAGACCGUUCCCACUGUUUUCGUGCAACUGGGAAACUUGCCAAUGGUAGGAUAAUCGGUUUUAGCGAUGCGGACCACUCUCAAAAUUCUUUUACUCCUUCAAAUGUUGCCGAUUUCGAUGCUUCGAAGCUUCUUCUAUUAUUGUUUCAUCGCCGUUAUCGAGGAUGAAAAGACGUGGAGAUAAUGGGUCUUCGUUUUAUCGCUAGUAAAAUAAAUUUUGCUCCUCGAGCAAAACAAGUCCGGAUUUUGACGAGGGACGCGCAUCUGCGUAAUCGAUUAAAGCCGGAUCAUUCCUACAGUUUGCAGCUGUAGCAGGUGCAAGCCUUUUUCGAUCUCAUCAACCUGUGGUUAAAUCGUUGACCGUAGGAAGAUUCUAAAAGUAAACUCGAAUUGGAUGACGAGAAUGUUUCAGGAAUAAUCUUUAUUGGUGGAUCUAAUCAUUAUUGUAUUUUAAAUAAUAAAUUCUUAAAUCCUGAGUGAAAAUGAGCAUCGGAAUUACAGCUUGUGCGAUUUUGUUUUUUUUUCUUUAGAAAUGUUCGACUAUUUGUUUGACCAGUUUACUUCAACUACAUUGGCAUAUACGAAUGCCAUUAUAGUAAUUUCUAAAUGGAACAUGAAAUUGUUAUUUUAGAAACUUUGCUUAACUAAUUUCUACAGAAGUUAUAUUGGCUCUUUUAACACCAAGACAGAGACACAUUCUACAGAGAGGAGAUAAACUGUCGCGCCGGUUACAUUGAACCAUGGCCUGUCAACGCCCUUCGCGACACUCCGCUCGCCAAUUGAUAAGCAGUCGGCGAAAUUUCACCGUGUCUCCGGAGUAUUCCUCGCACGAACCUUCGCCGAGUACUUACACGUACCCGGAGUGCACGCUCGUUGCCAAUGUCUUCCCGAUCGAAUAUUCUCAGUUACAUUGAACUGCGUUCAUCAGAAAAUAACAAAUCUGACUUGUAAACUUUCGUGGAGCUGCGAUUCGAAGUAAAAUGUGUUUAGGAACGAGAGUUGAAUCGACCUCGUGCAACGCAAACAAAUUUUACAGGCUGAUUCUAGUAGCCUAAUCCAUUUCGAUCGUUCGUACACUUGUACAAUCUGUAUGCCCAAUUUUUUUCAGAUAUUGUAUCAAUGCGUCAAGAAUUAUAUGGAAUAUUGUAUGAAUUUUUAUUCUAACGCUUAUAGCCAGCAGUGUACGAUUCAAAUAUUUUGUAGAGGAAAGUACACACA